CAUGGCACAAACCAUCGACAGAAACACACACAGACCGACUUUUUUCUCUGAUCAUUCCAUCUCAGAGUCACAGCCCAUCUCCUUGAAACAAAACAAGCAACCAUGAUCAGCUCCAGGAAGCUAGCUCAACUUUCCAAGAAGUGGCAGGGCAUUGGCGCCAUCGGGCGAAGGUUCGCAACGUCAGACAAGGAUAUCCACCCAUCAUGCAGCUCAGUCGCAGGCAAGGGCCACUUCGUCGUCUACUCUUCCGACGGGAGGCGGUUCGAGAUCCCCCUGGUGUGCCUCCGCACAACAGUCUUCGAGGAGCUCCUGAGGAUGUCUCAGGAGGAGUUUGGGUUCACAAGCGAUGGGAGGAUCACGCUGCCUUGUGAUACAACGACAAUGGAAUAUGUGAUGUGUUUGCUAAGGAGAGAGGCCUCCCAAGAUGUUGAGAGGGCACUCCUCAGUUCCAUAGUGACGACUUGCCACCGCCCAAGCAGAGUGAUGCAACCAAACAGCGGACUUAACCAGCAAUUCGCUGUGCACAGCUCCUGAAAAAUGAAGAUCUUGCGGCUUCUUUCUUUUUUCAACUUCCAUCUUUUUUUUCCCGGACGUACUUUUGGAGCACACUUCUGUGCGGCUUUUUUCCAAUUGUCCCGUGGAUGUACAGAUGGAUGCAUGUAAGAAUAAUCACAUUGUGAUUUCGAAUACAAGGAUCAAGCUUACCACA